ACCUAGCACAACCAAAGAGAGGUCCCCCCCUCCUUUUCUUUCUCCCUAAUCCAAAGACUCAUCCUUUUCUCCCCUUUUUUUUCCCCCUUGAGAGAGAGAGAGAGAGAGAGAGAGAGAGAUGGGUCCUGGGGAUGUGGGGUUUCUCUUUGAUUGAUGAAGCUUUGAUUGUUAUUUCUUCUUUGUUUUUGUUAUCUUUCCAUCUGCCGACAGAAAAAUGAGGCCUUGAGAAGGGGGUACUGCGUGCUGGACACCUAAUUAUAGCAGGACUUUACUCUCUUUCUAUUUCUCUUUGGCGUGGGGGUGUAAACGGUCUUCCUCUCUUUCAGGAGUUUGGGAAUGGAUUUCUGCCGGAAUAUUCCAGUUCCCGGCGGUGGUCUGACCUCUGAGUAUCAGCCGGAGCAGCUUCUCUCUCCUUCUACUAAGCUUGGCAGUCUUGACGACCUCUUUUCCAGUCACAACAUGCAGGAAGGGGACAUGGGCUUAGAAUGGCUGUCGAUAUAUGUUGAAGACUGCUUUUCCAGCAGUGGAAACUGCCUCCCCCCAGCACCAGUGGUACCCACAAACUAUGAGCCUCAGAAGACUGCUACCGAUGGUGUGUCAAAAGCCUCGAAAGAGUCAAACCCCCUGGCCUUGAAAAAAACCCAGCAAAAGUACCUAACUACUUGCGGCAGUUCUCUGCGCAAGGCCAGAAGCCAGAGGAAAAGAGGUGGUUCGUCGGUGACCAAAACCAAAACCCAAUUCAGCAAUUGGUCUCAUUUCAAUCCCACCCCACUGCUCGACCAGAUUUCGUCAGACCCUCCUUUGCUGCAACAGGCCUAUUGGUUGGCUGACAGUGAGCUCAUUUUGCCCAAAAAGGACAGAGAAAGCGGCGGCAGGGGCGGUGGUGGUGGGGAAGAGGGAGGAGCAAAGGAGGAGGAAGUGGUGGAGGAGGAGGAGGGGAUGGGCAGCAGGGGCAGCUUGGAGGGGAGCAACGGGCAGCAGCCAAGGAGGUGUAGCCAUUGUCUAAGUCAGAGGACCCCACAGUGGAGAGCAGGACCAAAGGGGCCAAAGACACUGUGCAAUGCAUGUGGGGUGAGGUACAAGUCGGGCAGGUUGCUGCCCGAGUACAGGCCAGCCAAGAGCCCCACUUUUGUUAGUUACAAGCACUCCAAUUCUCAUAGGAAAGUCUUGGAGAUGAGGAAUAUGUCUCUUCUGCUGUCCUCCAAUUCCUAGUUUGGGUUUGAUUUUACCAAAAGAGAAAAAGUAUUUUGUGAGACGGUGACACCACGUGGCCGAGCCGAGCUGGAGUAGUGUCCCGUUCUGCUCAUGCUUGGGGGCGCGGGUUUCUACUUUGUGUCGAGCUGCUGACGCAAAACAGCCACGUGGCCGAGAAUGAGUGGAGCGAGACGCUACGUCAGAUCAGCCACGUUGGUACAUCACCGUUUCGCAAAAUAGUUCUCUCUUGGAUUUGAAAAAGGAAAUGCAGCAAUUUGGAGGUUUAUGGUAUCCAUUUGGUAGGGACACUAGAGCAAAAUAUGUAGUAGGUAUCCGGUAAGUAAUGAACCGCGUUUUAGUUAUUUUGAGGUUUAGGGAUUAUAUUUACCCAAAGAGUUCCCUUUGAGGUUAAUUCAUUUUGGUGCUCGUUUUUCAUGAACUUGUUUCAGAGAUUUUCAGGGCAUUAAUUCUUCUUCUUUGUCUUCGGUUUCCUCUUGUUAAAAAUUAAAAAGAGAGAAUGGUGUUGUUUUGGGGACA